AUGCCGACGAACAAGGACAUCCGAGCGAAGAAUGCGCAGUUCGCAGCGUCGGCGCGCGAAAACGCCGGCAAGCCGCGCAUUCGCAACCCGAAAUCGGCCACCGUCGAGGACGCCGAUGAGACCGUGGAAAGCAGACAGACGGCGCGCGCCAGGGGGAGGAACAUCGUCAAACCCGCCCGCGCAGACCGCGUCAAGAAGCAGGUCGGCGGCGGAUUGAGCGGCAACAAGGUCGCGCUUGCGCUCAUUGUGUUCGUCGUUGUUGGCGGCGUCUUCUUCGAGCUCAUGCGAGCGUUCCUCUAA